CGCACAUCAGUAUGAACAUUCUCGGGCGCACAACCAGACACAGUAUACGAAUCUCAAAUGGCUGAUCUGGAAGGUCAAAAUGCUGUGAUUACCAGUGGAGCUAGAGGAAUUGGCUUCAGCAUAGCCGAGCAGCUGCUCAAAACGGGAGUUUCGAAAGUUUUAAUUCUGGACCUUGGAGAACAACUGGACCCGACAAAGCAAACGAAUCUAAUGACUUGCAACCCGAAGGUUGAGGUAUUCUACAGUCAGUGCGACAUUACCGAUACACAACGUUUGGAAAAGGUCCUCCGUCAAGAUGCAGUCCAGUGGAUGGGAUCGAUUGAUAUUUUUAUCAACUGUGCAGGAAUCGUUGAUGAAAAGAAUCCAGCAAGGUGUAUUGCAACAAAUUUGACUGCCUUAAUAAAUUGCUCCAUGAUAGCAUUUGAUUUGAUGAGCAAGGAAAAGCAGGGCCGCGGAGGGACUAUAGUGAACAUUUCAUCAUUGGCUGGUUUGGAAGGUUUUCCAUGUUUGGCGGUUUACUCUGCUUCGAAAAGCGGCGUAAUCGGAUUCACCAAGUCGGUCGGGGUGGAGCCGGUAUUCAAGCUGACAGGAGUCAAAGUGGUGGCGGUCUGUCCUGGAGCUACCGAAACGGAAAUGUUUAGUGAUUCAUCGGAAAUAGAGUUAUCGUUUCCUGCUCUGAGACCAAUCAUCGAACAAGUUAUAGAAAAUAUGCCAAUACAAAAACCGAUAGCCGUAGGGAGAACCGUGGUACAAGCCAUUACCAAAGGGAAAACGGGGUCAAUUUGGAUUUCAGUGAACGAUGGUUUUACGGAAGUAAAACCAAAUUCUAAUAAAUAUGUGUGGAUGAUGUUGUUUUUCAGUUUGAAAAAGUUGUGUUGUUGUAUCAAAUAAAUUUGAUUUAUUUUUUUUGAAUAA